AUGGCCACCGAAGAACAUCAACGUAAUUGGCAAAUUUUGAAAAAGCUCCGUGAGAGGCCUGAGAACAAGGUCUGCAUUGACUGUCCAACCAAAAACCCGGACUGGUGCUCUCUUCAAUAUGGAGUUUUCUUUUGUCUUUCAUGCUCGGGAGAACACAGAGGAUUAGGAGUUGAUGUUAGUUUUGUAAAAUCAGCAGUUUUGGAUAAGUGGAGUGACGAACAAGUACAAUCACUCGUACACGGAGGAAAUAAGAAGGCCCGAGAGUACUUUGCGAGUAAAGGAAUUGAUAAACUCAGCAUCAAACAAAAGUACAAUUCAAAAGCCGCGAAGGAAUACGCUGCUCUUUUGAAACAACAAAUUGCCAAAGCUAACGAAGGAGCUGAGAAAAAACCAACCCUCACUGUCAACACCGAAGAUAUGAACACAUCACCACAUGAAAAAGUUAAAUCUGCACCACCACCAAAAACCAACAACAACUUGGAUUGGGAUUUCGAACAGGAAAUGAUGAAAGAUAUUGUUUCAAGCCCAUCACCAACCACUCCUCAAGUCAACAAUGAACCAAAAUACAAGGUUCUUACAUCAGCAAGCUCCGAUCCAAACAAGACUAAAAUCAAGAGUCACCUCCAUCAAAACACCAAGUCAUCAUCUGCAUCCUCAACAGGAAAGGAUAUUUUCUCUCAAGACGCCUAUUUGAAAUCAAAGAAUAGCAAGAAUGAAAUUAAUGAUGAAGAUGACUUUUUCGGAAAAGAAGGAGUUUCAGAAAAACAAGUCAUUAAUGAUGAUGAUUUUUUCGACAAUGACUGGGAUAAAGAUUUUGACGACCAAGGAUCGUCUCACAACAUUAAAAAGGCCUCGUCUUCGCCUAACAUUUCAUCUAGAGACAACGAAUAUGGAAAUAAUAAUAAUUCUUAUAACAAUAGUAACAACAGAUAUAGCGGAAUUGGAAGUAGUAAUGGAUCUUACACACCUACAAACACUUAUGGUGCUUCUGGAGAUAAAUACAGAGGAAUUGGAUCCUCAUAUACAGACAGAAGGAAAAAUACACUUUCAGGGAUGUCUCUCACAGAAAUGUCAAGCUCUGAUUUAGCGUUUUAUUUGAGCGAACAAGCUAAGGAUGUUGCUAAUAAGACAAAAGAGGUUUCUAGCUAUCUGGGAGACCAAUUACAAGUUGUUUCUCACAAUGUCACAAACUGGUUUAACUCGAUGAUGCAACCUAAUGAGCACAAGUAA